UUGAGAUAGAGCAUUAGAGUGAAACGCGCGGCCAACGUAGGCAGGGAUCAAGAAAACGUACAUAUUUAGGAAGUUUUAUUUUUGCAUAUUGGCGGAUUUUUACGUUUUGAGUUGACACGUGUUACCUCAGAAUGGCAAAAUCGGCGUAUGGAGGAAAAAGCUUGUUACAUAACUGGGUAGAAGAGAGGGCAACAGCUUCUUUAGAUAGUGAGGCAUCCUCAAAGUCUCCAUUAGAAGCCAAGGCGCAUAAACAUGGGCACAAGGGCAUCAUAUCUGUAGAUGUGACAUCAAAAUUUUCAAAUGCCACAACUGUGAAAGAAGAAUACACCCCUCCUAAAGGACAGCAAGUACGAAUGAUGGGUGCGAGAACAGAAUUCUUAGCUAAUCAGCUGUAUCAAACUAUCAGCAAAGAAGUCCAGGAGGAGAGCAACCGACCCCCUUCACCAGUGGAACUUGUAUCAACGGCAAGAUGUGAUUAUAAGAUUGAGGGCUUUCAGUCUGUCCCACCACCCUCAAAAAAAAGACAUGAUUAUAAAUCUGAACAGGCGAUCACUUACUGGUCUGAAAAUUAUAAAAAUGUGCAGGGAGUAACAGCUGCUCGCUCAAAGGAUAAUCCAUUUAAGAAGAACACAUCUUUCAGCAAACCCAUCAGUGAAAGUCUAGAUAAUCCUGUGCCCUAUGAGCUGGAAAAGUAUCCUAAUUUAUAGGCUCUUUGACACAUUUUUGCAGAUAUUUUUAUAUUAUUGCUUUGGUCAAAUGAUGUAUUUUUUUUUCCUUUUUUUUGAUUAUUAUAUAGGUCAUGAGAUAUUAUUUAAAAAAAAGUAUCUUACAAAUGUUAGUUGUGGAGUACAGUGGUAGCUGCCUCUCAAAUGAAGCACCUUGGUUUGAGUCAUUGUCUCUUUGGAGUCUGCCUUUUUCCCUCUUAUCUGGGGUUUUCUCCCACAUUUCCAAAUCUGUCAGUUAAAUUAGCAUUUCUGAGCAUGCCCAGUGUGCAAAUGUGAGUACACUUGUAUGUAUCAGGCUUAUGAUGGUCUGGCAAUCUCUCCAAGACUCACUGCGACCCUGUGCCCAAUACUGCUGCUGUAUCAGCACCAGCUUUUGGAGUCUAAAGACAUUACAGUUUCUAAAAGAAGCAGGUUGAUAGUCAAACCUCCCCUCAUUAAUAAACUUUUUUUUUCUUUUCAAUCUUACUUGAAUGUAUUUUAGUUUUUUUAAUCUCCUGACUUUCAGUUAG